AUGUCUUCCGUUCUCAUCACUGGCGCCUCUCGAGGGUUUGGCCUUGCGCUAGCUCGCGAACUUAUUUCCUUUCCCGCCUCCAACAUUGGCAGAAUAUUUGCGACUGCGCGGGGAGAUUCCCCUGCGUUGGACGAGCUCACCCAAAAGUUCCCUGACCGGGUAAUCCUCCUCCAGCUUGAUGUCACCGACCAAGCCUCCAUCAACAAGGCCGCAGCCCAAGUCGAAUCGAAGCUUGGAGGCAAGGGGUUGGACAUCCUGAUAAACAAUGCCGGAGUGUGUCAAUAUGCGCCUGGUGGGGUCCCGACAAUCUCCACCACACUGGGUUCCAUUGCGCUAGCCGGUGCAGGUGCUGCGCUCCCGGCGCCCGCCUACAAGAUCUCGAAGACAGCCAUGAAUGCGCUUACCGUCCAGUACGCUCUCGAGUACGAGAGGGAAGGAUUUUCCUUCAUCGCUCUCUGCCCCGGGCACAUCCAGCCGGCAAGCCCGAGUGCCUUUCCGGAGUCCGAAACCGAGGAGAGACCACGGGAGAGUGGAAAGAAUCCAACUGGUUCGCAACUGUCAAGUUCGCGAAGGGAGUGUAAAACAAACGCGGCUAAACCAGCGACAGCCACUGGGCCAUGGUCCGGUUUGCCGUUGGCGGAAGCGUUUGGUUACUCUGAAGGCAGUUCCAGCAACACGCUAGCUCUAAUUCGAAAGCUGCGGUUGGACGGCUUUGACAGUGCUCCUGACAAUCCCCCUACCCUCAGCCCCGAGGUAGCCGACGAGAUUUAUCGCAACAUGGAGCGGAUGCCCGACCGUCAGAUAGUGGACUUUCUAGUCCAAUAUUUUAUAGCCGAAGUAAACUGCACAGCAACGGAUAGCCGAGCCUCUCUGAUUCGCGUCCAGCAUCUAGCUUUCCUCAGCCUCCAACAUCAAGUGGAAGGUAGUACGAGUGCUUUCUGGGAGGGUUUGAACCGCACCAUCCGGGCCGCACAGAAUCUCGGAAUACAUCGCGAUGCUCCUAGGAGUCCAUGGGAAUCCUCUAACGAGACAAUUCGUGAGAUGGAACGCAGAACAUUUUGUAAUCUCUAUAUCUGGGACAGUCUGCUUUCUCGCCAGCUCGAUCGCCUUCCUCUAUUUCCUGGACGCCUUCGCCCGGGGAACCGGCCACAACUGGACCUCUUGCGAAGUGGAGAUGGCAUAGAACCAGCUGCCGGCGACGUGCCGGAUCAAUUCACCGAGCGUCUCCUCCAAGCCGACCUAGCCGAGUUCUGGCGCGGCAUUGGUGCCACACAAGGCACAGAGUACGACACGAUGGCAGCGGAAGCGCGGUAUGACAGAUUCUGUGGCUACUACCUCGCUCAGCUACCGUCCGCCUUUGCCCUCGUUGAUCCCGACGAGACGUGGGAUAAUCGUUUUCCAAAGCUGCCGCUACAGCGGAAGCUUCUUUACCUGGCUAUCUACGAGUCGAUGUGUUGGAAUUUCAGGCCACUGCUUGUCAGGCGGAUUGGACCCCUCGACCCGUACAAGUCGAUGCUACUGAGCCUGCACAAGAGGAAGCUCGCCGCCGCCGCGCUACAUGUCCUGGACAGCGCCACGCAAAUACAGACCUUGUUUGGGGGCUGCUUAACCCGUAUUUCCGGGCUCGUGUUUUCGAUCUUCGAAGCUGCUGUGCUUCUUGUCUCUCUGUCCAUGGAUCCGACCUUCCCAGAAGAAAUCCCCCAACAUCACAUCCCCCGCCCUGGUACGCUCAAAGCCGACCCUUUACACAGGAGAAUGUGUGUCGUUACGCAGCCCGAGUGUUUGCAGGCCGCCAAAGCGGCGCACCAGCGCUUAAGCAUGCUUUCUGCGGCGAGCAACAUGGCCGCCGUGGGAGCGAGUAACUUGGCUCAACUGUUAGAAAGGGCGUCAGAGAUUAACGCACGCCCUCAGGAGGCCGCUCCUACGGCCGGCAUGACUGCCCAUGCUCAGGGAAUGGGGGACAUAACCGCAGCAGCGUCCACCACUACGAGAGAUAUUGCAACGGCAGACCCGACGGGUGAGAGGGCUUCUUGGGUCCCUAGCGACCUGGUAGAUCUGGGUUCCGUUAGUGGCGGACCGCUGAUACCCGGGUCGAUUGUGGCCCGGGAUAUCGCGCCUUGGUCUCCUUUCGAUACCUGGAACACAUAUUUGCAGGACAUAACUAUGGACCUUUGGCCGACACAUGAAACAGAUAUUGCGUGA